AUGUACUGCCUGCAGUGGCUGAUCCCAGUCUUAUUGAUGCCAAAGCCUUCCAACCCAGCGCUGGUACACACACAUGUAAUGUUCAUGGUGCUUUAUCUGGUCGGAUUCUUUUUGGAAAGAAAACCAUGCACAAUUUGCAGCAUCGUGUUCCUGGCGGCAGUAUUCCUGAUUUGCUACAGCGGUAUAGGUAACUGCUUGAUAUGGGCGUCGCACUGUGAGAAUGACAAUGGAUAG